UGCCAGCGCGCCCCGGCCGAGCGCGAGGUGUGCUGCAUCGCCCUCCCAAGCCUGGGCGCCUCCUCCGAGCAGCCGGCAGGAUGCAGGCGUGCUGGGGUGGCGCGGCGGGACGCCGGGCCUUCGACAGCAUCUGCCCCAACAGGAUGCUGGAGCCACCUCGCCGGUCCCUCGGCAAGCCCGGGACGCUGGACAGGAAGUUCGCCCCUCCGCGGAAGUUCAUUCCUGGAUGCGGCAGCGGCAGCCGGGUGCCGGUGUACGAGGAUCCCCCCGACGUGGAGCCCGCUGAGCUGCCAGCCCUCACCACCAUAGACCUGCAGGACCUCGCAGACUGCUCCUCGCUACUCGGGUCCGACACGCCGCCUACUGGUGACCCGGCCGCCUCGCAGACUCAUUCUCUGCCAGCGGAAGGGGACUUGGCGCUGCAGGAUUUCAGAGACACGGUGGAUGUCCUCAUUGCAGACUCGUCCUCGUUGAUGUCGCCUCCCCUGGCCGGCGGUGACUUCCCUUUCUCGCCCUGCGACGUAUCGCCCUUCGAGCCCUGCCUCUCCCCGCCGCGGGACCCAAGAGCCCUGCCGUCCCCGCCGCUCCGCCCUCCGGACGUGCCCCCGCCGGAGCAGUACUGGAAGGAGGUGGCCGACCAGAACCAGAGGGCGCUGGGGAACGCUCUCGUUGAGAAUAACCAACUGCACGAGACGCUGACCCAAAAGCAGGAGGAGAUCGCCUCGCUCAAGGAGCGGAACGUGCAGCUCAAAGAACUCGCCCGCCGGACCCGGCACCUGGCCUCGGUGCUGGAUAAGUUGAUGAUCACGCAGUCCCGCGGUGGCGGAGCGGCGGCCGAGCCCUUGCUGCUCAAGGCGACGGCCAAAAGGAGCCUGGAGGAGCUGUUCAGCGCGGCGGGGCAGGAUUGCGCGGAAGUGGACGCCGUGCUGAGGGAGAUCUCCCAGCGCUGCGAUGAAGCCCUCCGGAGCCGCGAACCCAAGCGGCCUCGGCUGCAGCCGGAGCCCGCGAACACAGACGGCAGGCCCGGGAACCUGCACGGCGCCUUCCGGGGACUGCGCACCGCCUGCAACCAGGGUGCCUUAAACCUGAGCCGCAGUGAGCUGGAGGAGGGCGGCUCCUUCAGCACCCCCAUCCGCAGCCACAGCACCAUCCGCACCCUCGCCUUCCCCCAGGGCAACGCCUUCACCAUCCGGACAGCCUCAGGGGGUUACAAAUUCCGCUGGGUCCCCAGUUGACCUGGGGAAUGGUCCCCUAAAACACUGCCCUGUGUCCUGAUGGAAGCGCCUGGAGGUUGAGCAGGCGAGGCUGGACCGGUUCCCCUAACCUGGCUCGCGGGAAGCACCACCGCCCCGCAGGGCGAAGACCACCCUGGAACCUGUUCGGUUUUCGGAAGCAAAACCGGCCUCAUCCUGGUGCUUUGUCUAGUUCCUCCGCAGAGCCUCGUGUAGCCCCUCCCCUCCCCUUUCACAGCGAAAGUGUGUUUGUAGUCACACCCAUUCCACAGUCAGUUUUUAAAGUAUUUAUUUUUAGCAGCUUUGAAUUGUGUGCUCUCAGCUACUUAUGCAAUUAUAAAAUGCCCAAGUUCCGUAAGAAGGAAAAGGAGGCUAAGACGGGUAAGGCAACAGAAAGGCUGGCAGACCCUUGCCGGCGCUGUCAUUCCCACGGGGGGGUCCUGGGCCCAGAGUGCAUGUUGCCACGCGUCACUUGCCCUCAGUCUGGGACAGACGCCUGAUGUUGAUACCCUGGAGAACUUUUAUUUCAGCUGUCAGCGUGGAAAACCAGGAGAGGGAACCUAAGGAAGUUGCCUUAGAAAAAUACAGAUUCUUCGGAAGCGGUGGGGCUAGGAUCCAAACAGGUGCCAAACACGUUUCCUUGUAAUGAUCAUUCACAUAAUGUCGUGAGAUUGAUGAUAAGGGUUUAUAUCAAUUAUAGGUACCAUUUUAUUUGUGUGAACAGGAUGACUCCUCAGAAAGCAAACUUUAUUCAGAAGAAAUGAGCAGCUUUAAGAAAAUGGCAUGUACCACACUUUUUGUUUGUCUUGGUGCCAGAAGCCAAGUGUGGAAAUCUUAGUAAAAACAGACUCUCUAUUUGAAUUCUACAAAUAAAACUAGGGCAUGAGGAGUGGGAAGGAGGUUGUACAUUCUUGUUUUACAAUUCUUGGCUUUCUCCUCUAAGAAAAACUUAACCCAUUAUUUAAUUGCCUUUGUUGACUUUUCUGCCUUUUUUUGGGGGGGGGUCUGGGCUUCCUUUUUCUACUCUGUUCUGAAAUCACGUGAGUGGCAUAUGUCAAGCAGUGAUUUGUGCUCACCACAGGGGUGAGUUCUUGCUCAGCUUGGGCAAGUUGCCAAGGCGGCUACACCUAGGUGUGCUGCUGGCUGCAGAGUGCAGAGCUCAGGUAACAGGUGCGUGGGAUAGGCUGGUAGAGCCUGCUCCUCCAGUUUGUCGUCUGUACUGCUAUCUGUGUUUAAGUGGCCAUUUAGGAAAAAAGGUGAUUUUAAAAGGUGAUAAAAUAGGCCAUAUUUCCUCAUAUUUUGUCUAACAAAUGGAGUCUUAAAAAAUUCAAUGGGAGGUUCAGACUUCUCUUUCAUCCGCUUACAUAUAGAUUCACCACAGUUCAGGAUCAAAAAAGAAAAAAAAACAAGAAAAAAACACCCUGUCCUAAAAAAUAAUAAUCUUUUCUAAAUUCUUUUCCUCUGACUCCUCAUAAGUAUCUUCAGGAAGGCCAGUGUGGCUGGUGCUGAGUAAGGAGGAGGAAAUGGAGGCCACUUAGUGGUGGAGGUUGCAGAUGCCUCAUGGUCUUGGGGAUUUUGGCGUUUCUUCUCUGGGGAGCGUUGACUGAGGAUCACGUGGUCACACUUGCAUUUUAAGUGGCAUUCCCUGGCUUCUGGGAGAGACCUGCAGUGGAGUAGGCAUGGGGAAGCAAGGGUGGAAGCAGAGGGACCCACUUGGAGCCCACUGGGAUAAUCUGGGUCAGGAUAAUUAUGAUUUAUGCCAAUGUGAUUGUGGCAGGCAGGACAAUCAGGAUGACACCUUCCCCCACCUCCACCCCAAAGAUGUUCCUGUUCUAAUCCCUGUGACUGUUAUGCUACCAGGCCCAGAGCAGGUUCUGCACCUCCCUUGAGGGCCCUGGGAGGCUGAGAGGGAUGGACACAGUGAAAGCCCAGACAUGCAGCCUGGGACUGGAGACCUGAGUGUAUGAGAUGAAUACAAUGGUGGGUGCUCACAUCAGAGUCUUCUUGAUAAGUUCUCAUCUUCAUUUUCUAAUUAAAAAGUGAAAAUAAAUAUUUUAUGCAAGUAAUACAUAUUCAUUAUAAACUCAUUUGGACAAAAAAGUAUAGCAAAGUAACAAAUAACUAUUCCUACUAUUCAAAGCUAUUGCUAUGGGGGCCAGAGUUGUGGCAUAGCCAUAGGCUGCUGCUUGCAAAGCUGGCAUCCCAUCUUGGAAUGUAGUUCUGAAUCCUGGUUGCUCCUCUUUCUGAUCCAGCUUCCUACCAGUGUACCUGGGAAGGCAGUGGAUGAUGGUUCAAGUACUUGGGGUCCUGCCACCCAUGUGGGAGGCCAGGAUGGAGUCCCUGGCUCCUGGCUUCU